GCUGCACAUCCGUCACACUCAUGGACUUUUCCUGUAUUGAAUCGCACUUCCGUACUCCACAACUAGGCUUCCAAGUCUUUCAUUACUCAAACGAUAUCUCCAACCCCCACACCCUGCCCUUGGCAUAUAACAUUGGAGUCUUUGACAGCCUCGAACAAGCACAAGAUGCAGCCCAAAGCGAGUUGGCGCGCGUCUUGAAAUUCCAUCUCAACCAAGGGCACUCCGGUCGUUGUUUUCGCGAGAUGAAUCUGAGUCUGCGCGGCCUCAUCACAGCGUACGUGGACAGCUUGAACAAAGCCAGACAGUCGAUUCGGCGCGAGCUCAUUUUGAGCGAAUUUCACAUUGUUAAAUUUGACGCCUGGGACCCAUCGCGGGCCGUUCAUGAGAGCAAUGUGCAAGCGCAUGAACUAUCUAUGUAUAAAUUGUCUUCGGAAAUCGAUCCACCAUUUGUUCAGCAUGAUGAAGAACGUUCGCCGGAAUGGGCAAGAUCUCGCAUCCCACUGUUUGUUCGUCGAGACGAAGGGCCCUUGCGUCGACCGGGCGACCAACCCUACACAGUGCGGAUGGGCUUUUUGCCGCCAAAGCCAAUACCUGCUAUUCGGUCCAUAUCAGAGCAGUCAGUCAAAAACUCAGAUAGUGAGCUUUUGCGAAGAAACAGCGUGUGAGCUUGAAUGGACUACUGGUUCAGUAUCAGGCAACGAGAGUAGAUUGUUACAGUUAAAUGGAUUUGG